AUGGUACACAAUGAAUUAUUAGCGCUUACAGAAACAACAGUAGGCAAUAUUCUUGAUCCGAAUACACUUGAAUCAUUAGGUCCGCUUAUAUCUUUACCUUAUGCUUCAGUACUUGAUUCAGAAAUCUUGUCGAUGCCGACAGCUCAUGUUAUGUAUGAUGAAAAACAUAAAAUGACAGUUGGCUAUAGUAUUAGAAUUACACGCAAAGGACAUUGGCUUGAUAUUAUCUUCAUAUCGGAUGAAGUAUCUAAUGAAAAUAAAACAGAAGAUGACAAUGAAGAUAAAUGGUUAACUGGUAAUGAUCGUUUUAUUUAUAUAAUAGAUAAUAUAAGUGAACGUGCAAAAGCUUAUAAUCGUCGAAUAAGAUCAAGUACAAAACUAUAUCGUUUUCCAUUAGAAUAUGCAAGUUAUAUGCAUUCGGCAUCAAUUAGCGAAGAUUAUUUGAUUCUUACAGAAGUUCCAUUACAUUUUAAUAAAUUUUAUGCUAUUUGGAAUUUAAUUAGUGGCAGGGCAGUAACUGAUAUGUUUAAAUGGAAUGGUGAAACAAUGCCAACUUAUUUUCGUGUUAUUAGUUUAGAUACAGGUGAACAAAUAGCACAUAUACCUGGUCCAGCAUUUUUUACAUUUCAUCAUAUUAAUUCUUAUCAAGUUAAAGAUAAUAAAAAGAAAAUUAUUGUUGAUAUUUGUGCUUUUGAUGAUUCAAGACUUAUUAAUGAACUAUUUCUGGAUAAAUUACGUGAAAAUAUAUUUCCUUCAGGUACCGGUUAUUUUCGAAGAUUUGAAUUAGACCUAGAUACAAAUACAUGUAUUGAACCAAAUGCGAAUGCACGUGAACCAAAAGGAAUUCAUUGCUAUAGUUAUGCAAAUAGUCUUGUUCCAAUUCAAUUUGAAUUGCCACGUAUUAAUCCAAAAUUUAUUGGUAAAUCAUAUCGAUAUGUAUAUGCUAUACGUGCACCACCUGGUCGAUUGUUCGAUGCAUUAAUUAAGUUAGAUGUUCAAUCAAAAGAACAAGUAGGUUUAUGGGAAGAAGCAUGUAAAUCACCCAGUGAACCUAUUUUUGUUCCAAGACCUGAUGCUAAUCAUGAUCAAGAAGAUGAUGGAGUUGUUUUAUCGAUAGUUUUAGAUCAACAAGCUAAGAAAUCAUUUUUACUUGUACUUGAUGGCAUUACAUUUAAAGAACUUGCUCGUGCUCAUCUUCCCAUACAUAUUCCUUUAUCAUUUCAUGGCAACUUUUAUUAA